UCUCCAUCCAGCUGGAUCACUGUCACAGCCUCCACUGCCUCCUUCUACUCCUCGUUUUCCUCUCCUCCUCUCUCUGUGAUGGUGUCUGUUCCCUCCAUAACUGGGUUGCUCCUGCUGGUCAUACUGCUUCUAGUGCUGAGACGAUGCAUCCAGGGAAAAGCUGGAGAGAGAGCAACAGCUGCCACCUCUUCAUCAGUGGGAAGAACAUCUGCAGAUGAUCGAAAAGGGUCAAAGAUGAUGAGAGAGAGCGAUCCAGCGGCAGUUUACUCUUCAGUGCACAGAACACCUGAGAUCAGCUACGCACAGAUCCCCAUCAAGACGAACUGCAGACAGAGAGAUCUUCCACCAGAGCCAGCCGUCAUCUACUCCUCACUGAAGCAGACCCACACACCUUCACCACAGCUUAACCAGUCUAACCAGUGACGUCCAGCUGGCUGCCAAACACAUCCCUGCACUCCUCUCUAUAUUAUAUAUUAUUUAUUUAAUCAUAUUCUGUGUGUGUUUACAGUUGUACAGCUGCACUGGACCAGUUUGAAUGUAGAGGUCAGGAUGAAAUGGAAAGUUUAAUUUUCACUUUAAUAAAACAUCUUACAAAGCAGUUUCCUGGUC